AUGUCAAAUCCGUAUCAGCUGCAGCAGCAGCAGCAAGCCAUGGCAUCCGGCAGCAAUUCGCCCCUCGGCACACCUGUGCCCAUCAAGCGCGGGCGUGGUCGACCACCAAAGAACCGCGACUCCAACGCAACACCAACCAAGUCCGCUCCGCCACCGCCGCCCAAGUCAACACCGCAACCGCGCAUAUCUCACAUCACUUCACCACGUCUUCGAGCAGCACAGCCAACCGCAUAUUCAGCGACAGGCUCACCCUUCCAACCACCGCCACUCACCGGCUUCCCAUCGCAUAGCUUAGGUCCGGGCAUCCCAGAGCAGCAGAACAUCUUCUACCAGCCUGUUCUCAGCAGCAUACAACCAUCGCCACACAAUGUGCCUUCGUUCCCCGCGAUACUCACCUUCCAGCACCAGCAAGAGCUGCAGCAACAGCAGGGUCAGCAGAGCCUUAAAGAGGUGCAGCAGGCAAGAGCUUCGAGUGCUCCUCGAGACAGCGUUGAAGGUGCAACAGCUUUGACAACCUCACCAGCAUCCUCAUCAGCGACUCAGCCGUCAACCUCAGCGACAGGAACAAGAGGAGGCUCAAUAGAAGGUGGCACCAUCAUGACCGCUGCCGGUGGAACAAUAGGCGCUGGUCUCGGCCAGGCCGUCGGCAAUGCUGGCGCAUCCCCUGCUAGCCGCACACGGCGUAAGGCUGAGGCCACCGAGCCCGAUCUCAAGCUACCUGAGCCCCAUGAUGCUGGCUGGAUGACCGAACCCGCCAACGCCGCCGAGGCACUGCGAGCUUAUGCUGCCAUUGUCGAGUGCAUUCGCAGUCACACAGAUAUGCAUGGUCGAAGACUGGCCGAGCCGCUGGAAGAGUGUCCCGACCCUGAGGUAGAUCCAGACUACUACGAACAGGUCGAGAAGCCAACUUCGCUCUCUGCCAUUUCGCAACGCAUCGCAGAGGGCGAGUAUCCCAAGGCUACCGACUUCGAGAUGGACAUGCUUCAGCUUUUCGAGAAUGCCCGCAGAAUGCACUCAAUCGGCUCGCAGACAUACCGAGAUGCUGUGGUGCUCCAGCGAUUGUAUCACGAGAUCACCAAGGCCAAGCCAUCAAGACGCGAGCCCAUCACAGCGGAGGCCGUGCAUGCAGCAGCAACAAGCGCCGAUUCCAGUCGACACUUUUCGUCAAUACCACAUGGUCCUCUGUAUGCCAGUGCAGGCUCGCAUGGUGACCUCACAACACGCAUCAGCAGCAAGUGCAAGACCUACUACGAGCAUCUCAACCACAAGGGCAAGGCUUACCGUGUCGGUGACUGGAUCCAUCUCAUCAACCCCUCUGACCCUACCAAGCCCAUUGUGGCUCAGAUCUUCAAGGUGCUUCGUCGCGAAGACGAUGACCCUGAUCAGGGCUGGGUUACCGUCUGUUGGUACUAUCGACCCGAGCAGACCUUCCACCCAGCAUCCAAGAAGUUCUUCAAGGACGAGGUGGUCAAGACCGGCUACUUUGCGGACCACCACAUUGAGGACAUUCUCGAAAAGAUCAUGGUCAUGUUCUACACCAAGUACAUCCGGGGUCGACCCAAGCCUGAGUACUGGGAUCCACGCAGUCCGCUCUACGUUACCGAGUCACGGUACAACGAGCAGCAGCGAGUCUUCCACAAGAUCAAGAGUUGGGCCAGCUGUGUACCUGAAGAGAUCCGUAAGGUGGAGACGCCGAUGAACUACUUUGAGAAGGCCAUCGCGCCGCCACCCAAGGAAGACUCGCCGUUCCUUCGCGGUGUUCACGGUCCUGGUGCGUUGCGCGACGAGGAUGCCGCCAAUGGCGAAGUUGUUGAGUUCCCCGAUCUGUUCAAGGAUGCUGCCGAUGAUCUGCGGCCGAAAAAGAAAAGUCGCGGUGUCGAUGGAUCUGGUGGGGAAGCACCUAAUGAAACCUUUACACGGCUUGCAUCGCUCGUCGCUGCUCGCAUUACUCCAGAUCAGUACUUGCGCUUGCAACAGCUCCUUUCCACGCCUCAAGCAGCUUCUCUGGACAUGACACAGGUCAGCAACGAACUCGGAGGUGUCGAUGUCAAUUUUCUCACCGAGCUCCGCAACGCUGCAGUUGCCGCUGGUGUUGCCUCUGCCGGUAUCGACAAAGUUGCUUCGUCCAACUUUGCCGGGCAGCAGCAGCAGCAGCAGCAGCAAGGACAGCAAGAACAGCAAGGUGCUCAGCCCGCAGAGCAGCCACCAACCAUCGGUGUGGUCGAUCUGACUCGCGCACAACGUGGUGAAGGGUUCUACGCAGCACUACCACAGGAGACGCGCGACUUGUUUGCCGACCAACCAGGUGGACAGGUCAACUGGUAUGCAGCUGCGCCUCUGGAUCUGCCACUGCAGAACGACUUGCACAAGAACGGCUUCUACGCUCCUCAGCAGGCACAUCUGCGUAACCACACGCUCGACUACCUCUAUCACCAGGCUGCUAUGCGCAACGACAGCGAUCGCAACGCAGAUCAGCAGUUGCGCAACGGCAACCGAGUGACUGGUUCGCAACCAUUGCAGCCCAGUAACGCGGCCAACGGCAGCUCAACACCGCGAGCUAUGUUGUCUGGGUCGUCACCUUACGUGCCGCACGCUUCGGGCAUGUACGACUUUCUUGCUCCCAGUGCACGAAACUCUCCGCUGAUGCGACCCGGCUUCGGCCGUCUCGUUAGCGGUGGUGCCAUUGGUGCGGGAGGUCCUAGCAUGCCCACAGCCAGUAGCAACGGCAGCACAGACGAAGCACUGACACCAGCCAUGAACCAGAACCAGGGCUGCUGGUACAACGGCAAUGAAUGGGUCGACGACCCUCAGAAGACGGCGGAAGCAUUGGCCGAGUUUUCGAAUCACUAUGGUGGAGGAGGCGACGGGAGCCAGCUCAACCUGUCUCACUAUCUGUCGUAG